UUCGCAAAUUCACCGAGAAGCAUGAGUGGGUGGACAUGGAUGGCAAAAUAGGUACUGUUGGCAUCACAGACUAUGCUCAGGAAGCCCUUGGGGAUAUUGUGUAUGCUCAGCUCCCAGAGGUUGACUCUGAAUAUGAACAAAUGGAUGAAUGUGGUGCUUUAGAAAGUGUAAAAGCUGCCAGUGAGUUGUACUGCCCAGUGAGUGGAAAAGUAACUGAAGUUAACUCAGCAGUUGAAGACCAGCCGGCUCUGAUUAACCAGAGCUGUUAUGAUAAAGUUUUUCGCUUAGCACAAUUUUUUGAAAGUAAUGGCAAAUAGCUCAACUUACAGGAUAAAAUGGAUGAAAUGUUACCAGUGUGAAUGUGGAAGGAGAGUCUUCAGAGUGUAAAGGGGUUAAGUUGAUAAAUGGCAUGCAAAAUAUAUGUGGUCACAUUUUGAUGGUGAUAUUUUCCUACUGUUGAGAUUUGUUGGAAUUAAUAAGGAUUAGGGGAUCUAACCCAAAGUUAAUGCUUUUAUUUCAUUAAUACUUUAAUAUUUGUAUACUUAAUUUUUUUUUCUUUCAUUGUAAACCCUCUAAUAAGUGCUAUAGCAUAAUAUUUUUUACCUGGUGACUGAAGUUUUCACUUUUAUUCUUUAUAAUAUCUUUUUUCACAGUGAAAAUGGUUGUGUAAUUAAGUGUAAAUAAAAGAGUUAUUGACUGUCUGGAGUAUCAAUCCCUUUCUAUCACAUUAGAAAUUGAGUUUAUGUAAGUCUUAAGUAAUGUAUGAUAAUCCUGUCUGAUGUAUAGUGAAGUGUACUCAUUUGUUCAGUUUGUAUUAAUUUUAAUAAAUGGAAGACUUUUUUCAACCCAAUGCCGGCUGGUAAAAAAGUUUGGCAAGUGGACAUAAUAACGGGAUUCUUGGCGCGCAUCUGCAGUUUCCCGUUUGCGCCCAGCUAGUUCAGUCGUAUGAGGGCAAUAUUUGACUCCUAAAAGCUUUUAUAUUGCUGUAAUUUAUAAAAAUAUUAUAAUUUUGAAGGUUUACCUUCAUUAUAGGUGCUAUUGCCUAAAAUCUUUUCCAUAUAAAUGAAACACCUACUAUCGGAGAAAAACAAACUCCGUCCAAUGAGCCAAUGGCGCAGGAAUGGUCAUGAUACGAUGCCACAACAGCCAUGGCAUGUACAUACAUGCCACCCAGCAGCCAGUGGUUAAUAGUCAAAAUGUAGUUAUAGGUGCUCACUAAUUUAGAUUUCUCAUUUACAUUAUUAAUAUCAGUUAAAAAAAAAAUUAAUAGAGAAUAUGAUAAGAUCAAAGUGAAACUGAGAUGGUCUGAUGAUGUGUAAUGUUGUCUUUAUUCUGAUUACUGAAAAACUGAUGUGAAAUUUAUGACCUUGCUGGUGCUACUAAAUAUAAUUUAGAAUGGUUAUUCAUUUUACCAUGGAAAAUAGAUCAGUUAAGCAAACCUUAAUAUUACUGAACUAAUAGGUUUUGUUACUCUACCAUUGGAUAUUUUGCUAGUAAAGGAUCCGCUAACAUUGUAUUUGUUUAUAUAAUUUA